AUGCUAUGCAGCACUGCUGUGGCGUAUGCCACCGUCAUCGUCCUCCACUUCCAAGCCCUGUUCGUCGCCGCUGAAAACUCACAGACUCUCCUAAACCCAGAUUUAAUUACUCCUCCUCUCCCAAGACAGCAGCCGCACCGAAUAGCAAUCAUAGGUGCAGGCCCAGGUGGCUCGUCGACGUCCUACCACCUUCACAAAUUCUCUCAGCAGCUCCUCUCGCCUGACGAAAGCACUCCCAUACAUAUCACUGUUUUCGACUCUAACCCCUACGUCGGCGGCCGGACGACCACGGUCAACGCCCUGAAUGACUCCCGCUACCCGGUGGAACUCGGCGCGAGUAUCUUUGUCAAAAUAAAUCAUAUCCUAUACAAUGCCACGCGGGAUUUUGGACUAGAAGCUGCUGUGAAGAUAUACCAAUCCGCCCCUGACGCGAAGUACGACUUGGGCAUUUGGGAUGGGAAAGACUUCGUCUUCAAGGCGGAGAGAGACGACGACGAAGACAGAGGCUCUUGGCAAGGAUGGUGGGACAUUGCCAAACUCCUCUGGAAAUAUGGACUGGCUCCUAUACGCACCCGGCAGGCGACGAAGAAAGCCGUGGGUGAAUUCUUGAAGUUUUACGAGGAACCCAUAUUUCCCUUCAACUCGAUCGGAGAGGCCGUGGAGGCUACAGGACUGCAUGAAUACACCGGUCUGACAGGGAAAGAUGUCUUGCAGAAAGCCAAAGUGGGUGAUCUAUUCUCCCGUGAAAUCAUCCAGGCAAGCACCCGUGUGAACUACGCGAGCAAUCUAGGCGGGAUACAUGGGUUGGAGACGUUGGUGUGCAUGGCCAUCGAGGGAGCCAUGGCCGUCGAGGAUGGCAAUUGGCAGAUUUUUGACCAGAUGGUGAGGAGCACCGCGGACGGGAUAUUCUUGAAUGCGACCGUCACCGAUGUGGUCAAGGACGAACAGAAGGGGACAUUCCAGGUCAAGACUGAGAAUGAGGAAAUCAAUGGACGACUUACAAACGAAUACGGAGAUGAGUUUGACACCGUCAUCCUCGCAGCCCCGUAUCAAUUCGCCAAUGUCACAUUCUUGCCACCACUCCUUACUGUCCCGCAGAAGAUCCCCUAUGUGUCGCUGUAUGUGACUCUCUUCACCUCCCCCCGUCGUCUUUGUCCGUCAUUUUUUGGACUCGACUCGGAAGCAGAGGUCCCCUCAUCCGUCCUCACCACUCUCUCUUCGGAACUUUCCGACGAACUGGGGUCACGACGGGGCGUCGAUGCUGUUGGGCCGCCAGGAUUUUGGUCGAUCAGCACACUCCGGGUCUUGCAUCCAAAGACGGAUGGCACAUUUUGCGGACCAACCUCAAACUGCACGGAGCUGCCCGAUGGAGCAGGAGAAGAUACACAGUAUCUCUAUAAAAUUUUCUCGCCAGCGCCCUUGACGGGGACGUUUCUGUCGUCUCUGCUGGGCUUCGAACACACGCCGGAGCCUGAGAACCAACACGGUGAUCCGCUCUCCCAGCUUCCCAGAUCCGAGAUUCCUUGGCUCCACGAGAAACAUUGGCACAGCUACCCGUAUGAGUUACCCCGGACAUCAUUCGAGAACUUUACGCUCUGCUCCACGGAGUCGUGCCUGUCACGCGGCAUCUCCGACGGUGUUUACUACCUCUCCGGCAUGGAAUCGUUCAUUUCGACCAUGGAAACUUCCGCUCUGGCGGGAAUGAACGUCGCUCGACUUGUGGUUCAGAACCUGCUGGACGAACAAGAAUUGAGACGACUACAAUCGGACAUGGGACUAUAG